AUGGCUUGUGAUCCGUCGUGGAAAACUGAUAGCGGUUUUAAGAGUAACUACAUGACUGAGGUGCUAAAGAGAAUUAUUGACAUAAUGCCUAAUUUCACCAAGAAAGUUACGUCUCAUCUUGAGUCAAAAAUCAAAUGGCUAAAGUCAAAAUUCCAUUGUAUCAAUGACAUGCUGAGAGAGAGCGGUUGUCAAUGGAAUGAUGUGGAGCAAAAAAUAGUAUGUGAAAAGCAAUGGUUCGAUAGCUAUUGUCAGACUCAUAAGGAACCAAAGGAAAUGUGGGAUUUUAAAUUCCCAUACUUGAAUCAACUUGAAUUGGUAUAUGGAAGAGAUAGAGCUACUGGAACAGUUAGUCAAGGAUAUGAAACUGCAAUACACAAAAUGGUGACUGCUCAAAAUAAUGAACGUGGUGGUCAAAACUCUGGUGAAACUGAUUUCUCAUCUGAAGAAGAGAACAACAAUGUGAGCUCUGAAUUACAGGGAACCCCAAAUUCCCUGAAUUUACCCGAGAAACAGGUACAACCAUCAAACACUGGAGAGAAGGUUGCAAAAAGAAAGAAAGCAACAUUUGCACCUACUCCCUUGGAUGUUGGGGCACAAUUACAAGAUAUCAAUACUGGUUUUCGCACUUUUGUGGAAGGAUUUAAUAGCAAUUUUGCAACCAUGGCAAAUGCUAUGGUAGAGGAAAAUUUGCGUGAAAAAUCUGCUGCAGAAAGAAUGAAAGAUGUUGUUCUAGAGCUAAUGAACAUUGGCCUUCCAAGUGGAGAUGUUUUCAAGGCAACUAACUUAUUCACUACAGAAAAAGAUAAUAUUGAUGUGUUUUUCAACCUUCCUGCUGAAAUGCGAAGGCUUUACGUGAUCACCCUACUUGUUCCCACACCAAGCAUUUAA